CAACAACGUGUGUACAAGUGAAGAGACAAUUCUGUUUAGUUACGCCCCGCACACUCUGCAGGAGAGACAAUUGCUUUUUUCUCUCAUUUGACCAAACUCCAUUGCCGUUUGUGGUCACAAAAAUGUCUGAGAUAUCUUUAUUUCUACCCAGAAUUUACAAAUCCUGCUCAAAGGAUGUGGACUCGGCAUCUCUUCUAAUAGAGGGACAGCGACGGCUAUUUAACAGGAGUAAUCUCAGCAGCAGAGAAUCCUGGGACUGUGGGACAAUGCCGCCUGCUCCUGGGGACAAGAAUAACAGAGCGGUGACAGCCAGGCCCUACAUAAGUUAUUCAAAAACCUGGGCACCAGGACACAAGAAUAAAGAAGCAAUUAGGGCUCAGACAGCAGGUGGACAUCAUUCUGUGUUGGACAUAAAUGAGUUACUUGCCAUUAUUGAGGACAAAAUUAACAACUCGCACCAUUAUGUACAGCAAAUGUUCCGUAAUAAUGACCCCAAAGGCAAAGGAAUCAUAUCCAGGGAGGCACUGACACGAGUCCUCUGGAGCAUGUGUGGGUUUCUAACUACACAGCAAAUCAGUCAUCUACUAAACAGAUUAAAUUUAACUGGACACAGCAGCAUAUCAUUUAAUGAUUUAAAAAACUGUUUUCAAAACAGUAAGGUGCAUAAGAGUGGGUGGAUAAAGCCAAACACGGCUAAACAUUUUCAAAGUAAUAAUGGAAAACUGGAGAUCACACUAGCCAGUGAGGCCACAACGAUCAAUCAGAGGCUCUGGGAUUUAUUAGCUGAAGGACUAAAGAAAUGUGACUCUUUUCACAAAUAUUUGCCACCAUCUUGCCUUCAUUCAUCUGGAUUAGUUACAUUUCAGCAAUUUAAGGAUGCUCUAAAGGCUGUGAGUUUGCCAUACUCCGAUGACAAGGUUGAGGACAUGUGGACAAGGUUUUGGAACACAACAAGCGCAGUUGUGCCAACUGCUGUUCUCUUUCGUAAGCUAGGAUUAACUUUUCCAGUCCUAUCUAAUAACACCAUUCUGCAUGAGACUAUAAGAAGAAGAACUGAGGAAAUCAUUUCCAGAGUAAAAGAAAAGUUAAAUGAACCAUGUGUGUCAAUGAUGCAAGAAUUCAGUAAACUGGACUCCUCACAAACUGGUUUGAUCAGUAGAUGUGACUUUCGGCACUUUCUGGCUGCUUUUAGUAUCCCCAUGAAGCCUGUGGAUAUGGAGCAUCUUCUGGCCAGGUUUAACUUAAGGAGAAGAGAUGGGAUGGUGGAUUUUCUGACAUUUGCUGAGAAACUAAACAGCAGGUCAAGUCUCAGCUUCAUGAAAAAAAUGCUGGAAGGCAAAAAGCAAAGAAUAAAUGAUGACAUUGAUGGACACGAGGAAAGCCACAGAGAAUUCUUAACAGCUGUGCAAGCAGAGUGGCGGCUUUUCCUGCUAUGUCAGGGGCCUUUUGUUCGAUUGCUUACACAGUUUCGGGAAAAUGAUGGAGCAGGAAGUGGCUUUGUCAGUUGUGAAGUUUUCAAAGAAGUAAUGGAGAAGAUGCAAAUCGAACUGACUGAGGAACACAUGAAGACCUUGGUCCAUAGCCUAUCACUGCAAGAUUCCAGCUAUUUAUCCUAUACAAAGUUCCUUUCCCUCAUUCAAGACAGGCCUGCACCAUUUGAACUUAUCGAAGAGGUAGAAAAGCUGUCUACUUUGAUUAAAAUCCACCAUCGCAUAGAUAAAAUCCGCUACCGCAAAAGCAUAGAAAUGGAUUUAUCAAGGUACAAUUACUCACAAACCCGGAGGGACCUGCAAGAGCUGAAUUCUAUCGUCUGGGACAUGCUCCAAAAUAAAUUCUGGCCAUUCUGCAAACUUUUUAUCAGCACUUGUAGAAAUGACGACUGUACUGCAGACAAGGAGAAACUGGACGCCAUAUUUGUGCGGAUGCACCUGAUCCUGCUGCCAGAGGAACUGCAAGAGUUAUGGAGUAGUUUGCCAGUCACUUUCCCGGUUGAAGCAAUUUCUUUGCAAAAGUUACUGAAACAUUUUAUAAGGCUAAGAAAACCAGAGAAUUCUGGGCCCAAAAAGAUAAAUCGAGUGGAAAUGAUUCAGCUGAAACUUGCCACCGAUAUUGUGAGGUGCUGGAGAGAAAUCAAAUGUGUCUUGAAGAAGAGAGAUCCACAUGGCACAGGUCAAGUCUCCUUUCCCGACAUCUGUGCAGUUUUCCUUGCUCUGAACAUCAGAAUUAACCCAGUGGAGUUCGACACCCUGUGCCAAGUAUUUGAUCUGCAUCAGGAUGGCAACUUCCACUACAUACCUUUCCUAAGAUUUUAUAUAGACAGAAUAAAAUAAAUCACUGAAUGAAUGUUUCUGCCAGUAAGUACUCUAUAGACUGAUGUUCUAAGGGGUAUAUUUAUCAAAGAGUGAAGUUAAUAGUGAAGUUCCACCACUAGAGUGAAAUUCCG